ACCUCCCUGCAGUUUCUUACAAAGGGCGGGUUCUGUUCUUGGCAAGAAGUCAUCCAGACUUCUGCGACCUCCAGGCUCUGGGCUGCCCGGCCCCUUCCGUUCUGCUCCGCAGCCAGGCCUCAUUUCCCUUCCCUCCUUCUCUUGUUUGGCCUCUGUGGGGACAAGCAGGAGCAAGCAAGUCCCCAAGUCUCUUCAGUUCUCGUGAAAAGUCCCAGCAGGUGUUCACCAAACCAGUGCCAGGGGCCGGGUGAGUUGCCUUGGCAUAGGAGAGUGGACCAGGGCCAGCACCCCAGCUGGACAGACUCCCGGCAGAGCUUCCCUCGCCAGCACACGGAGAAAAGGGUCUGGCUGGAGAAUCCGCGUCCCCUGUGCCACCUCUUGAAGGUGACGCCCCGUGAGUACUGCUUGAAGGGUGGCUUCAUCUCCCUCCGACUCCAAUCACAAAGACAGGACAUCUUGCAGUCAGUCUUGCUGCUGGAAGGAAGAUGUCGAACUGAGAUUUGUCUGUGGCUUGGCAGCAGACACCACAGGUCACCCAAGAAGCCUGUCACUUAGAAUGCUUUCAGGAGGCUCCUGACCAAGUGGACCCCAGGGGUCCGCAUAGGAGGGCUCACCUUCUUCUCUCCAGAGUCUAAUCACUCAAUCUCUAAAUGGUCCUAACACCCACAGGAGCUGAGAGCUGGCUGGUCUAGGAGAGUUCCAGUCUCCUCUGCUCCUCGGCUCUUAAUCAGAUUCUCUAAAAUUUAGAAGAAAUUCUAACUCUAUUGUGCUGGUGAGAGAGCAGUAACCGCAGUUCAGUUUCUCUCAAGUUCGAGUGCAGCCUGGGGUGGGAAAAGAUGGAGGAGGGGUCUGCCCCACUUCAGUUCCAGUUCCUGGCUGUGUGACCUCAGGCAAGUAAUUCGAGCUCUCUGAGUCUUUGUUUGUUCCUGUAUGGCAAGAAAGCCAAAGCAGUUGAAGAAACCCUUGCACUGAGGAUGAAGAAGGCCAGCUUUCUCAAGGGAGGUGAGCAGAUGAUGAAGGCCAGCUUUCUCAAGGGAGGUGAGCAGAUGAUGAAGGCCAGCUUUCUCAAGGGAGCAACAACAACAUCAACAAGUCCAAAAUCUGAAGAAUAAACCAUGGAGCUCAGAGAAAAGGACGCAGCAGAGAGCAAGGAAAACAAGUCGACAAGAAAGAAAGCGGACUGGUCCUGCUCCCUCGUCGCUGUCUCUCUGGUGGGCGCCUUGGGCUCCUCCUUCCUCUAUGGGUACAACCUGUCCGUGGUGAACGCCCCGACCCCGUAUAUCAAGGCCUUUUACAAUGAAUCAUGGGAAAGAAGGCAUGGACAUCCAAUAGACCCGGAUACUCUGACUCUGCUCUGGUCUGUGACCGUGUCCAUAUUCGCCAUCGGUGGAUUGGUGGGGACACUAAUAGCGAAGAAGAUCGGAAAGUUUCUUGGGAGGAAGAACACCUUGCUGGUCAACAACGGGUUUGCCAUCUCUGCUGCCCUGCUGAUGGCCUUUGCCCUCCAGGCUGAAGCCUUUGAAAUGCUCAUAGUGGGACGCUUCAUCAUGGGCGUGGAUGGAGGCAUCUCCCUCAGUGUGCUCCCCAUGUACCUCAACGAGAUCUCACCCAAAGAGAUCCGCGGCUCUCUGGGGCAGGUGACCGCCAUCUUCAUCUGCAUUGGGGUGUUCACUGGGCAGCUGCUGGGCCUGCCUGAGCUGCUGGGAAAGGAGAGCACCUGGCCGUACCUGUUUGGUGUGAUCAUGGUCCCCGCUUUCAUCCAGCUGGUGAGCCUGCCCUUCCUCCCCGAGAGCCCUCGCUACCUGCUCUUGGAGAAGCACGACGAGGCCAGAGCCAUGAAAGCCUUCCAGACAUUUCUGGGCAAAGCGGACGUCUCCCAAGAGAUGCAGGAGGCCCUGGCUGAGAGCCGCGUGCAGAGGAACGUCCACCUGCUGUCCGUCCUGGAGCUGCUGAGGGCCCCCUUCCUCCGCUGGCAGGUCAUCACCGUGGUCGUCACCAUGGCCUGCUACCAGCUCUGUGGCCUCAACGCCAUUUGGUUCUACACGAACAGCAUCUUUGGGAAAGCUGGGAUCCCUCAAGAAAAGACGCCCUACGUCACCCUGAGCACGGGCGGCGUGGAGACCUUGGCCUCCAUCUUCUCUGGCUUGGUCAUCGAGCGCCUGGGACGGAGACCCCUCCUCAUUGGAGGCUUCGGGCUGAUGGCCGUCUUCUUCGGGGCGCUCACGGUCACCCUGGUGCUGCAGGACCAUGCCGCCUGGAUCCCUUACCUGAGCAUCGUGUGCAUCCUGGCCGUCAUCGCCGCCUUCUGCAGUGGCCCAGGCGGCAUCCCGUUCAUCUUGACCGGCGAGUUCUUCCAGCAAUCGCAGCGGCCAGCUGCCUUCAUCAUGGCGGGCACUGUCAACUGGCUCUCCAACUUCGCCGUGGGGCUGCUCUUCCCCUUCAUCCAGAGAAGUCUGGACACCUACUGUUUCCUAGUCUUUGCUGCAAUCUGUGUCAUAGGUGCCCUCUACUUCUAUUUUGUUCUGCCUGAGACUAAGAACAGAACCCACGCAGAAAUCAGCCAGGAAUUUGCCAAGAGAAACAAGGCGAGUCCGCCAGAGGAGACAGGGGACACGGCCGUGGCUGAGAAGGCAAACGGAGGGCCAGGACCGGACUCCUCCUCCACACUGGACAAUGGUGUCAAAGACAGAGCUGUCUAAGUGGACCCCCCCCCCCGUUUCAGGAAAACAUACAUCUCCACAUCUGGAGGGCUGGCACCUGGCUGAGGCUGUGCACCUCUUACAUUACAAGAAUCAGCCUGUGGUCCUCCAGCACGACACCCCGUAUUCACAGCUGAACCGCUCAGACUCUUGAAGUCAUCUCAUGGUUGCGAAGACCCAACCUUCUUCUCACAGCUUAGUGGCCUGCCUUCUUCCUGACUUAGCCCAGUAUCGGAAAUUGGGAAAAUGGUAUCAAAAUUCCAUCUCAAAAGAAAAACAUCCAGUCUGAUGAAGGACUCGUUGGAGCAGAAGUCACAGGCUGAGAUCCUACUUCCUGCUCCCUCCCUCUGCCUGGAUCCUGGAGCUUGGUGAUCCUUGGCUUUGGUCCUGGAUGCAGUCUUUCAGGAUUCAUGGCAACUCUGUACCUCCUAACCAACGCCUGUCACCAACCUUUGGCUCUGCCUGUGGGCCUCAGACUUAGGAGCGCCUAACCCCAAUGCACCACCCUGAAGCAUCUGCCUCUCCCAGACUCUUUCCCUGGGCUCAAGAUCGCCAGGUCUGAGGCUGUCUGAGGCUGGGACUGUUACAGAGGCCAUAAGAAGGUCAACGUGAGGAAGGCCUGGAGAAGCAGCGGUAAGAAAGCACUUCCCAGUACCUGGGGCAGAGGCUAACUCUGUUCCAUUAAAACACAGCAUUGAGAAUGAUUCUGAGCCUCCACCUCGGCUGAUGGGAAACAACACUGUGGCUGACAGAUGGCAUCCAGUGCAGGUGCAGCAGUGAGACAUCAGCUCCUGUGGCCGUGUUGGCCAAGUCCAAAGGGAUUCAUCUGAAGAUGUACUGAGCUGCCUUGAGAAACAGCAAGCCCACCAUCACUCCAGGGCUCAACUAAGGCUGCGUGGAGACUCAGCUGCUGUUGAGGAAAUCUAAGUGACAGUUUUAGAAAGGUAUUUGGAGUAGACAUGCCUGUGUGCCCUUCCAACGUGCCAGGGUCGUGUAGCUGCAACAACCCACAGCCCAUCCUUGUCACGCUGACCUUGUGAUUUGGCUGACUCCAUAUGCUCACCUCCAAAAUGAACCAAAGUGCAAAUGACAAAUUUCAUAAGUGACAGUGUUCUUGAAUUAGACCCAUAUGUUUGGAUUUAGAGUGUCACAGCAUGUCUGGGGCCAGAGAAGAAAGACUCUGGAUCUACCAGCUCCACCAAACCCUCCAUCUCCUCUGACCAUUCACAACAAAGGAAGCGUCAGCCAAAACCUGAGUUCUGAUCGUUGUUCCCCAUUCUUGCACCUGGUCCUCUCCUUUGGCGGAUUGCUGACUGGCUGGAUAAUUUGGGCAGCAUUUGUCAACGUGGAGAGGAAGUGAAGUGUGGGUACAAAAAGCUUGUGAGACUAAACAGAGCCAAAUAAAGUGUCAACUAGAAAUCUUAACUUUAGCCUGUUGUCACUCCCUUGGAGACCUGGGACGGUCAAUAAAUAUUAUCAGUCACCUACCAUGCACCAGGCACUAGCUGGGCACUGACGCUGCAUAUGCAAGGUAAUGCCCUGCCCUCACCUGCACACGCUCAUGUCUGACAUAGAAGGAGGAGAAUCAAAGGAUUGUUAGUAAGGUACCCUCAAGACUUGGGGAGGGGACAAUGUCAUAGGAACAUGUGACAGGAGUGGUUGGGGUGACAGAGAAUCAAAAAACCUUCCAAAAUAAGCAACCAAAAUAAAAGAAGGUGACAGAAGAGGAAAUUUUCUUACAGGAUGUUACAUUUGAAGAGAUAGUAGAGCCACAGUAAGAAUUUUUAAAAUAAAACAGUAGGACACACAUCA